GGUUAUCAAGUAACCAAUAAAGCAAAACUAACUUAUAGGUUAACCAACAUCCUGCACCAAAUUAAAUUAAUAAUUCAUUUAAAUUGAGUUUGUUAGGACUCGUAUGAACUUUUUCUGUGAAAUAGGCAUAACUUAGUUGACUUUUCCUGAUCCGAGCUUUCACAUUGUACGAAGGCUAAACCAGUAAGCCUAUUUACCACCCAAACAGAACACUGAAAAUCGUUUUGUAUAUAAGUUGCUGUUAGAAAUAGUUUAAAAACCAUGUCUGUUGGAAGAGUAAAAACAAAAAUGGAUAAAUCAGGAGAGAUCGUUGCUUACAGCGAGUUGGCCAUCAGGAACAAUGCUGCAGUUGUUGAGUACUGCAGGACGUCCAUGGCCGCACUUUCUGGAGGAACUAGUGGGCUUUUGGGCCUAACUGGUUUUUAUGGAUUUGGUUUCUACGUCUUUGCUGUAUUAGGUUUGUGGGGACUUCUACUGAUGAAAGCUGGUCCUAAAUGGAAAAAAUAUUUUGUGAACAGGAGAACUCUUUUGACGAAUGGAUUCUUCGGAGGGUUAUUUACAUAUGUUCUCUUCUGGACAUUCCUCUACGGCAUGGUCCAUGUGUACUGAAAAUACUUGGACAUUUCAUCUUUACACACCCAGUUUCAGGACAAACAGUUCUCAGUGAGACAAAACGCAGGCCGUUCCAAAACCAAUUCAUUAAUCACAAUUCAUGUUCAUUGUAUCUCACAUUUGUGUUGUUAACCAUUUAUAAUAAAUAUAUUGUUGAUAAUAUUUA